AUGCUGCUCACUCCAUCUGGUGCCAGAUUUUGCUGUUUAGGCAGUGGGGCUACAUCCAUUGUCUACAGAUGCAGGCAGAAAGGGACCCAGAAACCUUACGCCGUCAAAAUGUUGAAGAAGACAGUAGACAAGAAAAUUGUCCGCACAGAAAUUGGAGUUCUUCUUCGCCUUUCGCAUCCAAACAUUAUAAAACUGAAGGAGAUAUUUGAGACCCCUACAGAAAUCAGUCUUGUUCUGGAAUUGGUCACUGGUGGCGAACUAUUUGACAGGAUUGUGGAAAAGGGUUACUACAGUGAGCGAGAUGCGGCUGACGCUGUUAAACAAAUCCUGGAGGCGGUUGCUUACCUGCAUGCAAAUGGGAUUGUGCAUCGUGACUUGAAGCCAGAAAAUCUACUCUAUGCAACGCCAGCACCAGAUGCACCACUGAAAAUCGCUGACUUUGGACUGUCCAAGAUUGUGGAAGAUCAGGUGACCAUGAAGACAGUUUGUGGAACUCCAGGGUACUGUGCACCAGAGAUACUACGGGGAUGUGCCUACGGCCCUGAGGUGGACAUGUGGUCUCUGGGGAUUAUCACCUACAUCCUGCUUUGUGGCUUUGAACCAUUUUAUGAUGAAAGGGGAGAUCAGUAUAUGUUUAAGAGAAUCCUGAACUGUGAAUACGACUUUGUGUCGCCCUGGUGGGAUGACGUGUCUCUGAAUGCCAAGGAUUUGGUUAAAAAGUUGAUUGUUUUAGACCCCAAGAAACGCCUCACCACUCUACAGGCUUUGCAGCACCCGUGGGUCACAGGCAAAGCAGCAAACUUUGCACAUAUGGACAAUGCACAAAAGAAACUUCAAGAAUUCAAUGCCCGGCGUAAACUAAAGGCUGCAGUAAAAGCUGUGGUAGCAUCAACUCGCCUUGGCAGUGCCAGCAGUCACAGUGCGCACGACAGCAACAAGCCCAGCCGUAACCCGUCUCCUGUCCAUGACGUCAAACCCGAAGAGAAACCCACUCAGGAAGCAGAAGCAGCUCCAGAAGAAAUGUCUUAGGUCAAUGUGCUUCCUUGUUUCGCUGAGACCUGUCAUUUCAUACACCAGCUAACUUGUCAUUCAGCAAGAGAGAUUCGUAAGCUUGGCCUCUCUGGUUCUGCUUUGGGGUGCCAAAUGCACUGGCUGGUGAUCCUACCUUCAAUGCAUGUGACUGCUUAUGAAAAUAGUAAACUGUUCCAUAACGCAUGUCAUGGAAACAGUGUUAUUUGCAGUAAUACCGGCAGGUGAAAACAUGGGGAUGAAUAACUACCUACCAUAAUGCGUAUACUUCAUACACAUCUAUCUAGUGUUUCUAGAUGGCAUUUGAAACAAAAUACUAUUUAAUUUGGUUUUAUGAAUGUAGGUGUCUUCUGUAUGUUGUGAGUUUCUUUGAACUGCUUCCUUCCAGAUUCAUAGUCUUGCAGUAGACGAAAUGGAAGGAAAUACUAAGCCAAUGCUUUUAAAACUGAUGUAUGAAAUAAUGCUUUUUAUCUGUAAAAUUCAAUAAGUAUUUGGGGAUUUAUAUGCAAAAAA